CUCAUGGGUCUCACUUCUCUUCUUCCUCCCCCUGCAAAUGAUCACAGAUUGGAAAGUUCUUCAAAGGAAAUGGCUGUUCUUGUGACCCCAAGUCCUGGAGAUGAAGCACUUCUGGUUACAAUGAUUCAGCAAGAAACCACGCCCCACCAGAGCUAUCCCACCAUGCCCAGGUCCUGGGGCUCUACUUGCCAAGCACUUCUGUUCUGUCAGCCUUGGCCCACUACAUGCUACUCUUCACCCACCCAACCAUGUGGCUGGCUUUUCUGCUUGCCCUCUGCUGCCCAACUUCCGACAUCCAUGGGGCACACACGCCAGAUUUUUGUUCCAAAGACUUGAACUCCAUUGUGAAGCCAGGAUUCCCCCAAACAAUAAAGACCAAUAACCCAGGAGUGCUUAACGCAGCCAGGCACAGUGUGGAAAAGUUCAACAACUGCACAAAUGACAUCUUCUUGUUCAAGGAGUCCCAUGUCAGCAAUGCCCUGGUACAGGUCAUCAAAGGCCUGAAAUAUAUGCUGGAGGUGGAAAUCGGCAGAACCACAUGCAGGAAGACCGAGCAUCCUCAUCUGGACAACUGUGACUUCCAAACCAACCCUGCCUUGAAGCAGAUUCUACACUGCUACUCUGAGGUCUGGGUUGUCCCCUGGCUCCAAAGUUUUGAGGUGCCUGUUCUCCACUGCCACUGACUUCUGCCUCCUCAGCAAGACCUUGGCUGUGAUAAAUAGACACUCACAUGCUCCCCACUCCUUACUUUCCACCCCAGCCUGGCCGUCUCAGAUCCUCAGGGCCCUCUUACCAGUGACCAGACAGAAGCGCUAGUGGGUCGUGAGGUGGCUGGGACAGGAGAAUAUGCUACCCUCCUGGCCAGAUUAACUGUCUUCACACUUUCUUCUAAAAUUAAUUCUUCUGGUGCUGCAUGCCUAGAUUCAGGAUGUGGGCACAGAGAGCAUCCUUUGAUGGCAUUGCUACAGCAGGGCAGAGCAAAGCAGAUGCAGUCAACAAGGUGGUUGGUCGUGUGGGAGGCUUCUUGGCACCUGACUGCAUGAGCAGAUGCUGUAUCCAUCUCUUGUCUAUUCUUAACAUCUGUUGAGACCAC